ACUGUAGCAGGUGAGACCGAGAGAGGCCGAGAGGGCGAUCUUUCUAGUUUUGAGUCCUGCACUCCUGCGUAUUAAGUGCUUUCUUAUUCAACUAAAGAUCAACAGGAGGCAGUGAUGGAUCCUUCCUAGUUUCGACAAAGAAUCGUGGACGAAACAGAAACAGUCUUGACCUUCUUUUGUUAAUUGUUGAUUUAGUUCACAUUUAUCACAUCUUUUUUUUUUUUUUUUUCUGUUAUUAUUUUUAAUCUUCAUAUAAAACACCAACCCCAACUACUCCGUUUCUUCUCCACACCCAUUUGUUACAGUUUCCAGAUUCCCCUAAUAUUUUCUUCUAGUAUAGUUUAUUUCUUUCUUUCUUCAGUUUCCGUUUCUUUUCUUUGCAUCUUCUUCAUGAUUUCUGUUUCUUCUCGUUUCCAGACAUAAUCACGAGUAAUACGACCAGAUGGUCCAAACCCCAUCUGGGUUUCCUCCUGAAUUAAUCGCAGAAUCUCCAAUCGUUUUCAAAGACCGUUGAGGGCAGAUGGGUAUGUGUAGAUAGAUAGGAAAGAGACGUGGAAACGGAAAGCGAAAGGGAGAUAAUCUGAUAAAGCCCUCUUCUCCUAUUUUCAAUUCUUUAUUUCCUUAUUGUUAUAAAUUAAAAGAAAGCAGAAGAAGUAGUUGGUUCCUGUUCAGUAUGCACAGAUCCGGAGCUGUAAUGGCUUGGAAUGUGUUCAAGUUCUGUACGGCCCUUCGUGGGCUUGGCUCCAUAAUGAUCCUAUUGGUCCUAGGAAUCGUUGGCGUUACCUAUUAUGCUGUCGUCCUUACAAACUAUGGUCCUGCUUUGUACGAUGGUGGUCUUGCUUCUGCCAACGCCCUUGCUGUAUUGCUCUUGUUUCAUGGUCUGUUGGGGAUGCUUCUAUGGAGCUACUUUUCUGUUGUUAUAACUGAUCCUGGUUCUGUUCCACCAAAUUGGAGGCCUGUUAUGGAUGAGGAAAGAGGAGAGGGUGAUCCAUUAACAGGUACUGAUUAUGGUGGUACAGGCACAGGUGUGCAGCAGUCAGGAUUGCUAUCUGACCCAGUGAAUCCAAGAGUCCGGUACUGCCGCAAGUGCAACCAGCUGAAACCACCUCGUUGUCAUCACUGUUCUGUUUGUGGGAGGUGUGUUUUGAAAAUGGACCACCAUUGUGUUUGGGUUGUCAAUUGUGUUGGGGCUCUAAAUUAUAAAUAUUUCCUUCUCUUCUUGUUCUACACAUUUCUUGAGACAACUCUGGUAACUUUGUCACUAUUGCCGCAUUUCAUAGCAUUUUUCAGUGAUGGAGAGAUUCCUGGAACACCUGGAACCCUUGCAACAACUUUUCUUACAUUUGUUUUGAACUUGGCAUUCGCAUUGAGUGUUAUGGGCUUUUUGAUCAUGCACAUAUCAUUGGUUGUUGGUAAUACGACCACCAUUGAGGCUUAUGAGAAGAAAACCAGUCCUAAGUGGCGAUAUGACCUUGGUCAAAGGAAGAAUUUUGAACAGGUGUUUGGGAUAGACAAAAUAUAUUGGUUUAUCCCUGCAUAUUCAGAAGAGGAUCUAAGACGGAUACCAGCACUUCAGGGGCUUGAAUAUCCAUCAAAGCCUGAUCUGGAUGCCCAGGAGUUCUAGAAUUAUGAACAGCAAGAAUUGUGGACUUCCAUUUCUAUUUUUUGGUUGUGAAAAAGGAUCUAGUGCCUCCCCGUAAACAUGUUGCUACUUCUUGCAAACAGAGAUGAGGAAUGUUGCAAGUGUGGACCUGUAUAAGUUAGUACUCGGACAUCUAUACUAGCAUCAUCAAGAAGAAUAGCAGAGAGGAUUCCUGAUCUCAUUGUGAAGAACAAGCUCAAAGCAGGGAAUUGUGUGGGAGAUGGGGAUGGUUUUUCUGUGACAAUAUAUUUAUUUCAUGUUCUGUAUGGGGGUACUGUUGAAUCAUAAAAGAAGGGUUGUAGUUGUACUCCAUGUCUGGAUUAGAGGACCGUGCCUAUUAGCAGGGAGAUCAUGAUAGUGGCAAAAAUCAGGUCAGGGACAUAUCAUACCUGAUGAAGGAAAUUUCAGAGUGUACACACAUGGUUCAUUAUACCUACAUAUAAUAGAACACCAAAGCCAGAUACUUUUUUUGAUA